AUGAGCGUCUCGGCAUGUUGGAAUCAACUACUCCCAGAGAAGCCACAGCCGAGUUCUGCUGCAAGUACUACAAGCCACAGAUUCUCAGCGAGGAGGGUUCGUCACUACAAGAUAAAAGAUGGAGAUCAACAGGAAAAGACUGAAAGCAAGAACACAAAUAAUAAUAAUAAUAAUAAUAAUAAUAAUAAUAAUAAAAGUAUUGGGGAAGAGGGUGAAGUGAAACAGGCUUCCAGUAUUACAGUAAAUGAUUGGGAGUUGGAAGCUGUCCGUCGAUACAGAGCACUACAGAGUCAUGAAGGAAAUAUUUCUUUAGAAUAUAAUGACAUUUCAUCCAGUAGUACUCAUAGUACUCUUCUACAGUUAAUUUUACACUCCAAACUUGUUCCUAUUAUAGACUGGCAUGAGUGUGCAGAUAAGGUGGCGAAAUGGUUUCAAAAUCCUACUGCAGCUCCACUCACAUUGCUCUCUUAUACCAUCACUCAACUUGUUACCACACAUCAAUUAACACCUCAUAGUGCUGCCAGAUGGAUUUUAGAUCUAUGCAAAGCAUUAUUACUAGAAGUAACAGAUACUAAUUCAGAAAUACCUGAUAUGGUUGUGGCUUCUGAUUGGGUCUUUGCAGAGGAACUUCAACGAUCUGUAUAUUUAUUGCAACAACAAGAAGAAGGAGGUGUUUCUCUUUUUCAGAAUUUUUCCUCUAUAGUGCUUGAUACAGUGAUAACUGAGAUUCUUCUUCAUACAAAUGGAACAGAGAUGUGUAGACUGUUACCUUUUUGCUUUCUACUGAAACGCAAUAAAGCAUUUGCGCUAUCGGCAUGGAAGAGUAAUGAACAGCAGUAUAGUACACGUAUGCAGCGUGUGUGUGAGGUGGGACGCGAACUCCCACCACAUCUCGCUGUAGUUCUCAGUGUAGUAGUGUAA